CAUUGUUAAAACUUGUGUACCCUUCCCCAAGCACAUAGCAUCUCAGUAUAUAAAGGUCGCGGCUAGAUUGCUUAGCACAAGAAGCGCUGCAAUCAUCAGAGCCACAGCAAUUACCAUUUCUGCAGCUCCAAAUCUCCCCAAAAAUCGCUCUUACUCUACUGGAAUAGCACAGGACAUCAUGGCUUCACGACUGGACUCCCUGGUGCAUCAGCGCUACAUGGAACUAGACACUAGUGGAUCAGUGAUGGUCACUUACAUAUGGAUUGAUGGGACUAAUGGCCUCCGCUCCAAGACGCGCACUCUCAAGUCCUACCCCACCUCUCCUGAGCAGCUGCCGGUAUGGAACUUUGACGGCUCCAGUACAGCCCAAUCACUCGGCCAUGACAGUGAUAUCUACAUAAGACCACAGUCAAUAUUCAAAGACCCGUUUGUCCCUGGUAACAACUGCCUGGUCAUGUGUGAUACGUACGACAAGGAUGACAAGCCACACCCCACAAACUACCGAUACUCAUGCUAUGAGUCAAUGAAGAAAGUUGAUGCCCAGCACCCGUGGUUUGGUAUAGAGCAGGAGUACACACUAUUGGAUCUCGAUGGUUACCCCUUCGGCUGGCCUAAAGGUGGAUUCCCCGGUGCUCAAGGCCCUUACUACUGCUCUGUAGGGAGUAACAGAGUGUUUGGACGACAGAUUGUGGAGGCCCACUACAAGGCGUGUCUGUAUGCUGGCAUUGAUGUGUCUGGAACUAAUGCUGAAGUCAUGCCAGGACAGUGGGAGUACCAAGUUGGCCCCACCGAGGGAAUCGCUAUGGGAGACCAACUCUGGGUAUCAAGGUAUAUUCUGGAUCGUGUGUGUGAAGACUUUGGUGUCAUCGCUUGUCUUGACCCUAAACCCAUGCCAGGUGAAUGGAACGGAGCUGGUGCUCACUGUAACUACAGUACACUGGCCAUGCGUGAGGAGGGAGGCAUUAAGGUCAUCAAUCAGGCCAUUGAGAAACUCUCUAAAGAACACCAUCGUCACAUCAAGCUCUACGAUCCAACUGGAGGUGAGGACAACAAGCGCCGAUUGACGGGUCGCCAUGAAACUGGUCACAUUGACAGGUUCAACUCUGGAGUUGCCCACCGUGGUGCUAGUAUCAGGAUUCCUCGUCAAAUCAACAAGGAUGGCAAGGGCUAUUUAGAAGACCGACGUCCCUCAAGUAACUGUGACCCCUACCUUGUAACAGAGGCUCUCGUGAGAUCUACCUGCCUCGAUUGGGAAAACUUUGACAUGGAGCGCUUCACCCCAAAAAACUGAACCAAAAUAAUUAUAGGAUAUGUUAUUUAAUAGUAUAAUUAUGAUACAAGUAACACUUUCACUGAUCAAACCCUUUAAUAUUUUUUAUGCUACUGUUAAAAUGAACAUGAUUGUAUUUACGAUGA